AUGGAGUCAUUUGGAGCUGUGGCUGAGUCUUUCGCACAAAAGGAAGGAGGGCACAUCCGCCAAGCACUGCAAUUGAUAGACAGAAAGCAGUACCCAAAAGCUCUAAAACAUGUAGAAAAAGCUUUAGAGGCUUACCCAGAAUCUGGAGAAGCCUUAUCACUAAAAGGAAACAUUCUAAGCUCCCUCGGCCGCAAAGAUGAAGCAAUGGACUUCGCUAAGCGAGGACUUAUGAAAAACUUGAAAAGUGCCUUAUGCUGGUUUUCCUUAUCUUUGAUUCAAAAUAAUGAUAGAAACUAUGCAGAAGCUUAUAAAUCUAUACAAAAGGCUAACGCAAUUACUCCAAAUAACCCAGCAAUUAUAAGGAAUCUCAGCUUGCUUCAGCUUCAAAAUAGAGAUUUCAAAGGUUUUCGGGACACUAGGCUGUCUAUUUUGACUGGAAAUCCUGCAGUUGUCUUAAAUUGGUCAAGUUAUGCAGUUUCUGAAUAUUUAAGCGGGGAUAAUGAAAAAGCUUGUAAGGUCCUUGAUUCUCUUAUAAAAGCACAUGAGAAAAAUCUAAGUAAUGCAGAACUGUCAGAAAUUUAUCUUUAUAAGGCCAAAAUUUUGGAAGAAAUGAGAGAUUUUGCUGCACUGGAAAAGUGGCUAAAUGAGAAUAAGGCGAAGAUUUUAGAUCAAGUUGCUUGAAAAGAGAUGAUGGCUAGGUGUUUGCUAGAGCUAGGAGUAAAGGAAUCUGCAGAAAUGGUAGUAAGGCAGCUAUUAGCUUUAAACCCAGAAAACUUAAUUUACCAUGAUUUAUUGCAAAAGUGUAGAAAUCCUGAAGAAAUUUUGAGCGUCUAUGCAGAGCUUCAAGAAAGUUUCCCAAGAAGUACUGCGAUGUUCAGGAUUGAGCUCGACUUAUCAGACUCUACUCACUUUGCAUCAGCUUUUGACAGAUAUUUGACUAAGCGGAUACGCAAAGGGAUUCCUUCACUCUUUUUCGACAUAAAACCACUCUUAAAAUCCCCAGAAAAAUCAGAAAUUAUCAUCAACAUCAUAAAGGCUCACAUAGAAACUCUCUCAUCAUCCGAAUCUUUUGCUAUAAUAGACUACAACACUUGAACCCACUCAAGUGGCCCCAAAGAGCAGCCACAAUGCCUCAUGUGAAUUUUUUUGCUUUUCAGCAAAAUCCAUGAUUUCUUUAAAAACCAUGAAGAAGCUUUAUCAGUUAUAAAUCAAGCCAUAGAGCACACCCCUACAGUCCCAGACCUAUAUUUAGCAAAAGGAAGGAUUUUGAAGCACUUGGGAAGACUCCAAGAAGCCAUCUGCGAAGUAGAAGAAGCCAGAAAUUUAGACUUUUCUGACCGAUACCUCAACAAUAAAAGCGCAAAAUACUUAUACAGGAAUAACCAGACUGCACAAGCAGAAGAACUUCUAGGACUGUUUUCGAGAGAAAGAGGAGAACUGAAUAUUCAUGAUAUGCAGAGCACUUGGGUAGAAAACGAAAUGGGAGAAGCCUAUUUGAGGCUUGGAGAAGUAGCGAAGGCUAAAGCUGAGUUUGAGUGGGUUGAUAAGCAGUACUCUGAUAUGUUUGAGGACCAGUGCGAUUUUCAUUUUUACGUCAUCAGAAAAAUGAAUUUUAAUGCUUAUACAGAUUUUUUGAAAUUCACAGACAGCCUUUAUAAACAAAAGCCUCUGCUCAGGGCUUGUAAAGGGAUUAUUAGGUGCCAUUUAGCUAAUCAAGAAGUUGUUUCGCUAAAAGAUGCCCAAAAAAUGGUGAAAUUCUUGCUAAACCAUCAUCCAGAGGAUGCAGAGGUUCACGAUUUCGCUCAGCAACUUCAAAUCUAA